CAGUAAUCAAAUACUGCGGCACGCGGCAUGAUUUAUCCCAAACAACCCAGUGUCUACUGUAAAUGGCGCGGAUAUUUGCCGUGAUAUUAUUUAUGCAGUCAAUAACUUAUCAAAAGUAAAAGUGCUCGAGAAUAAUGGUGAUCUCUCAUUUCAAACCAGUACAUACCAACUAACUUCCUCCCAUUAAUACGCAUGGAAUUUACCGUUUUUUCAAUACGUCUUAAUUCAUGCUAAAAACUGUAUUUUUAAUCGUGGGCUUGUCCCUUUGUAUGUGCCUUUACCUUGUCCUUUAUUACACCAUUAAGUUCAACUUGACCGCUCUCCUGCCCCAAAAUUAAACCCGGUGUUUUUAUUUUUCAAAUUAGAAUCUUCUUUUUUUUUGUGUAUAAUACAUUUUGAUAAAGAUGGGGCUUAACCCAUCACUGUUCAAAUCGAUGCCGUUAUACCGGGCUCAUAAGAAAUGUGUGCAGUGUGGAAUAGUGAAGUCAGCCUUGCGUUUUGCAAGCACAGAAGCUUCAGAAUCGGCACGAGAAAAGUUGCAAAAAAUCCGAAAUGCAGCGCUCAUCGGUGGUGGACAAUCUAGGAUCGAAGCCCAGCAUAAAAAGGGAAAGCUGACUGCACGAGAAAGACUGCGCAUCUUAUGUGACUCUGGUACAUUUACUGAGUAUGAUAUGUUUGUAGAACAUAAUUGUAUUGAUUUCGGCAUGCAGUCAAAGAAGUUUCCAGGGGACUCGGUCGUCACGGGGCAUGGUUUCAUAAACGGUCGACUGGUUUACGUUUUCAGUCAAGAUUUUACUGUUUUUGGCGGCAGUUUAUCCAGUGUCCAUGCUGAAAAAAUUUGUAAGAUUAUGGAUAGAGCUCUUACAAGCCGAGCACCGGUGAUAGGUCUCAACGAUUCUGGCGGAGCACGUAUUCAAGAGGGUGUCGACUCCUUGGCUGGCUAUGCUGAUAUUUUCCAAAGGAACGUCUUGGCGUCCGGCGUCAUCCCACAGAUUUCUGUAAUCAUGGGACCAUGUGCUGGAGGGGCUGUGUACUCUCCUGCCAUCACAGACUUUACCUUUAUGGUUGAGGACUCCUCAUAUUUAUUCAUCACCGGCCCAGAGGUCAUCAAGGCCGUCACGAAUGAAACAAUAACUCAAGAGGAACUCGGUGGAGCAAAAACACACACAAGCCUCUCAGGUGUUGCACACAACAGUUUUUCGAACGACAUCGAUGCAAUUUUGAACAUCAGAGAACUCAUGACGUUCCUUCCGCAAUCAAGCUAUGAAGCACCAUUGGCACGAGUGUGUCUCGAUUCGUGGGACAGGGACGUACCAACUUUAGACUCAAUUGUGCCGCCCGACCCAAGCGAGCCGUAUGAUAUGAUGGAUGUCAUCGCAAACAUCAUUGACGAACGAGAUUUCUACGAGAUCUCACCAAAAUAUGCACAGAACAUCAUCACAGGCUUCGCAAGGAUUAACGGGUGCCCUGUUGGAAUUGUGGGCAAUCAACCCAAAGUGGCCGCAGGAUGUUUGGACAUAAACGCAUCGGUGAAAGCAGCUCGGUUUGUUAGGUUUUGUGAUGCAUUCAAUCUCCCAAUCAUCACAUUGGUGGAUGUGCCUGGAUUUCUGCCAGGUCUGGCUCAAGAACACAAUGGUAUCAUCCGGCAUGGUGCUAAAUUACUGUAUGCGUAUGCAGAAGCAACCGUCCCGAAGAUCACCGUUAUAACUCGAAAAGCUUAUGGUGGCGCAUAUGACGUGAUGGCUUCGAAGCACCUCCGAGGGGAUGCAAAUUAUGCUUGGCCGACAGCUGAGAUCGCUGUUAUGGGUGCCAAAGGCGCAGUUGCAAUUCUCUUCAAAGGACACCCUGACGUUGCCGCUCAAGAGAGACAAUACAUCGAUAAGUUUAGUAGCCCUAUUCCUGCGGCUAAGCGAGGAUUCAUUGAUGAUAUAAUCGAGCCAAGAACAACCAGAAGAAGAAUUGCUGAAGAUUUACUACUUCUCUCAUCAAAGCACUUGAAAAAUCCACCAAAGAAACAUGGAAACAUACCUCUUUAACAUUGAUGGUGCAUGACAAUAUAAAUGGAUCACUGUCUUACUUAUUUCUCCCGCAAUUACCCUGAUGAGGAAUAAAACCAAAAACAAUGUGCAAAAUUAUGAAGAAUUAAAUGAAACACUUUGAAAAACUUA